AUGUAUGGGAUUGCUGGAGUCCUGGGACCAACGCUGGGAGGGCUGAUUACGGACGAGCCUAAGCUCACGUGGCGAUUCUGCUUCUGGCUGAAUCUGCCGCUCGGGGCUGUGACCUUUGCAAUCGCGUGGAAAAUUCUCAAGAAAAAGAAUUCUGUUCACGGGCGGCUUUCAUUGCGCGAGAAGCUGAGGAAACUCGACCUUUUCGGUGGAUUCCUACUCAUCGCCGGCCUAGUGACACUCUUCUUUGCCUUGCAAUGGGGUGGGAGCAAGUACUCCUGGUCCGACCCAAGAGUGGCCACGAUUCCCACGAGGAUCCUGUCGCAGCGCACUGUAGCCAUCAGCUGCGUUUUCAACAUGCUCAUGUCUAUGGCGCACAAUACUCACAUGUACUAUCUCGCCUUCUAUUUCCAGGCUGCGCUAGGGACCAACGCCGUGACCUCGGGCGUCCGCUGCCUGGCGUACGGAAUUCCGUGCAGCAUCGCCAUCAUCAUCACUGGCGCGUGCAUCAGCUCCAGGGGCCACUACGUUCCCUUCAUGUGGCUGGGCACGAGUGUCUUCAUUGCCGGGUCUGUUCUCCUUCGCGAGCUGGACGUAGACUCCUCCAUGGGGGAGUGGAUCGGCUUCCAAAUACUCAGCGGUGCCGGCAUCGGACUCGCGGAGCAAGUGCCUUUCAUUGCGGUGCAAGUCGUCCUUCCGGACAGUGACAUGCCCACCGCGUGCGCCCUCGUCGUCUUCUUCCGCCUGCUCGGCGGCGCGGUGGGUUUGAGCAUUGCCUCCAACCUCUUCUCGAGCGAGCUAUUCCAGCGACUGGCGGGCGCGGUGGACGGGGUCAAGGUAGAGGCUAUACAGGACGCGGGUGCGUCUGACCUGGCCAAGUCGGUGCCGGCGGCGAUGCUGCCACUGGUCCGCAAGGCUUUCAGCUACGCCGUCACUGAGGCUUUUAUUCUGCCGAUUGCGGUGGCGGGUGCAUCUUUGAUUUUGAGUUUCGGUAUGCAGCGACGAUGGAUACCGGAUGAUCGCAUUCAACCAUCGCAAGAGAGUGAGAUGGAAGCAGAUCCCGAGAGCACUGGCUCACAUGAUGUCGAAUUGAACUCGACGAGAAAUGAGAAGACUGUUUGA